AUGGCGAUGAUGAUGACUGGCCGUGUGCUGCUGGUGUGUGCCCUCUGCGUGCUGUGGUGCUGUGGUGCGGCGGUGGUAUCGUCUAUCCCUGACGUUACCGGUCGUGAAAAUGUUCCGCAUGGGUAUUUGGUUGUUAAUUGGGAAACGUUGCUAAAGAACGAAUGUGCGACGGACAAAAAGUACAUUAAUGAGGAUGGGACGGUGAAUGAGUCAGCGGUGAAAGACUGCAUACGCGAUGCGAUGAGGGUGGUUUGUAAAGUUUUUUGUCGCAAGAUUUUAGGGGAACCUGACGACUCUGAAGGUGAGCGUAUUUGUGAGGAGUACGUUGGCAGCCGAGAUGAGGCCGGCCAAUCUUCUCAUGUAAUAACACCGGCGGAAGCAGAAACUCUACAAGCACCAAGGAGCGAACUGGAAGAAUUGGAAAAAACACCGGGAGAGACACCGAAGCCACUAUCGGGAGGACCAGCAACAGAAGGUGAAGCAGCAAAAACAACAGGAGGACCACCAACACCGCCAGUGGAAGCACAACACAACCGUGAAGGAAACGUGCCGGUUUUACACCCAGAAGAUGACCCAGGGACCACAGAGUCAAACAGUGAUUCAGAAGAGGAUGACAGCGCCUCCACUACAGACAACCAAGAGAGCGUAACACCCGACGGUCAUGACAAAUCAACCCCAACGUUACUCUCAACCGCCACCGAUACUGUCAAAAAUGAAGCAGACAGGGUCAAUACAGAGGGAACUCAAAAACCUGCGACGGAAUCAAAUGCCGAAAGGAAAGAAGUAGAGGAAAGCGAUGAAAAAAAAUAUGACAAUACGAAAACAAUUCCAGCUGAAGCAGCUGCUACAACAAAUAAUACAGCGAUGCCUGGCGACAGUGACGGCAGCACCGCGGUCUCCCACACCACCUCCCCUCUUUUGCUUCUUCUUCUUCUUGUUGUUGCGUGUGCGGCUGCGGCUGCGGUGGUGGCCGCGUGA